CCAGGCUGCCAAGGUGAACCGAUCAACCUCUUUAUUAGACAUCCAAGGCACGACGCGCAGCUCCCGGCGGCACCGCGCAGGGAGGAGAGAAAGAGAGAGAGAGCGGAGGAGCUUACAUCCUUUAACAGGAGAUAAUCUAAUCGUUAGAAAGUGUUUUUUUUAACACUAAUUUGUUUUGUUAUUUCAAAAAAAAGGACUGAAAACUUACAGGCUAAAUGGCACGGAGCGAGCUGAGUGCGUCAUUUCGCCGGAGACACCAGAGGAAUUGAAGGGCAGCGUGAGGCCGAGGAGUCUGGCUGGGAUCGGAGAGGGAAGAAUUCACCGUCCCCGCGGUGUAGACGGACCCCCUGACUUUGGUCCCCUGAAGGGACAAGCUUGACUUUACGUAGACCGUUUUUUGCCGCUUCUCAUUGGUUGUUGCGUCAGUUCAUCUGUCCCAAAAGACGUUUCUUCCAGCUUCAGCUUUUUUUUUCUUUCCCCAUGUCUCCUGGAUUUGAGGUUCUGCCGGGAAAAAAAAUAAAAAAUUCAGGUGAUGAUGCCAAACUUUAUUUUCCAUCAGAAAAGUUGGAGAAGUUUUCAGCCUCCACAGCUUUAACAGCCUUUCAAGAAAUUUGAGAGUCUGGAUUGUUGAAAAGAGUCUGGUGGAGCCUUUUGGACAAUUUAAAUGGAUGUUUGCUGCUGUGCCACCUUGUUGCAGCCUUAUGGAAAACAGUGUGUGAAUGUUGGUGUUUAUCGUGGGAUUCAGACACGUCUCCAUGUAAAUCAGGAGUCCUGCAGGGGAGCUGCAUUCUAAACCACCUGGAUGGAUACAGAAGAUUUACAAACAGAAAGAAACUGUUUUUUUAGAUUUCUUGCAGGUUAACUUUUCUGAUUCAAUUAUCAGAUUUGUGACUAUUCAGUAACUUUGAAAUAUAUAGAGACUUUAUAAAUUAAAAUGAAUGUACCUUCAAUAUUUCAGAAAAGCACAAGAUUUCUUUUAGUUGAAUGCAACUCUAGCACGGCAGCUUUCUAAUUUCCAGACACAUAAUUUGGACAAAAAGCAUAUAUUUAAUGCCCAGUUUCUGCUGUCACACCUUGAAAGUUUAACAUCCUGUGAUUUUAUUUCACUCUAAUCCAAGUGGAAAGCAUCGGUUUUGGUGAACUAACGAGCUGCCUCCGCUGCUGUUUCCAAGGAAAUUAACCUCAUUAUUAACUUUUUACAUUGAAGUCCUUUGUGCACCUUCUUCUAGGAAUGUAUUUUUAAUAAUUUAUGUAUCACACAUUUUAUGUCCGAUGUGUCUAAUACUCAGACGUGUGACAGUUCUGUUCUGGAAAAGAUGCAGAUACAACUGAAUCUAUCUGUGUGAAGUGUUGAAAUUUAAAUCAUCAUCAUUGUCUUUUUUUCUUAAUGAAAUGAAUGCAAAAGCCAUUUAAGUGACUGUUGAAAUUUUGUAUCUAAGUAUGAAAGAACUGCCAAUUUUAAACAUACAAGUCACCGAACACAGAUUCUUUUUUUUGUGAUGAUUUUGAACGAUGUUGUUACUUUAACUGACUUAAAUUCAUCAGCAUUCAAGUUAAGUGACUGAACUGUGGUUGCCAGAGAAGCUCUCUCUGAUUGCCGUUGACACCCUUUAUCACCUGCUUUUAUUUUUUUUUAGUUCCCACCUUGGAUUAAAUCCUACAGGAUGGCAAUGACAGCAUUUUAACUCACGCCACAGAAUUACAUAAAUGUGCCAGAAUUUGGCUUAUUGACCCUGGAGAGUCGAGUCACAAGUUUCACGAUUUCACAAUAGCACCUAACGUGCAUCCCAUCUUGCGCUUCUGAAAUCACCUCUUCCGACCUCGGGGGGGGGGGGAGGAGGGGGGGGACGACGACUCUCAGCCCGUCCCAUCACCGCCAUGGUGAUGUCUCAGGGGACCUACACCUUCCUGGCCUGUUUUGCCGGCUUCUGGUUGGUCUGGGCCGCCAUCGUCAUGCUCUGCUGUUUCUGCAGCUUCCUGCAGCGCAGACUGAAGCGUCGCCAUGAGGAGAGGCUGAGGGAGCAAUGCCUGCGAACUGUAGAGAUGGAGCCACUCAGCUGUCACCCCACAGGAUACCCGCCUCUUCCUCCUCCUCCGCCCCCACCACCACCUCCACAGCUGCCCAGGGAGCCACCGCAAUUCUGCCCUCCCCAAACCCUGUCACCGCCUGUUCCUCUUCAGGUUCCUCAUCCCAUGCCGCAAGCAAACUGGGUCACCUUGCCAGACACAGAUAUAUUCGGGAAGCCACCCUGCUAUGAAGAGGCAGUUCUGAUGGAGGAUCCUCCUCCACCCUACAGUGAGGUCUUGGCCGAUCCGCGGGGGGGCACCUUCUUGAAGCCCGCCCCGCCACGAGCCACAGCGCUGCCUCCUCCCAGGGAACACCAGGAUCCUGCUCCGGUGUUCACAUCAGAGACCAGCAAGCCUCCCGUGAUGGCUGUAUUCCCCGAGCGAGGUUACUCCUCCCUGAUACGCCUACCUUCGUCCCAGCGCUGGGACUCCCUGGGUCACCUCCUAUCCAACAUGGACCUGAACCACAACAACCUCACACCACCGGGGGCCCGCUCUAUCCAGGCUGCCACCGCAAUGGCUACCAUGCCCCGCAGAGAGCCCAGGACUCACCAUGAUGGACUUGGGCUCCAAGGUGGAAUACACGGACUCCAAGGAGGCAUACAAGGACUCCAAAGAGACAUACAGGGGCUUCGAGGAGGGAUCCCAGAACUGCAAGGGGGGUUACAGGGGUUCCAAGGAGGGUUACAGGGGUUUCAGGGUGUCAGUGGACUGAGGGGACUGGAGCCCGGCUGUGGCCUGCCAACAGCCUUCCCCCUGCUGGGUCGGAGCACUGCUGUCUAGACCUGGCUGUUUACUGGAGGAGUCUAACCAACUAAUAUGUUGGUCCAUCUAUGAAGAGCCUUCAAGCAGGAGAUCUAUACAGACAGACACAUUUCCUGUCUGUGUGCCUCCUUUGCGGCUCAGUGUUUACAGCACAAACACCACUAGAAGUAGAGAUUUAAUUCCCUAAAGAGUUAAAAGAGUGUGAAAGUGCUGCAAAGAUGUCAGGAGUUCAAUUCCCCUUGCAGCUGCUGUGGGCGAAGGGUGCCGCUUACUCUGCUGGGAUCAGCUCUGCGUGUAAAUAAAGGAGAAAAUUACACACCGUUUCAAACCAGUGUUGCUGAUUCACAGAGGUAUCCUGGUGUCAUAUCGAAGCUAAGCUUCUUUUGAACAGCAGAGGAAGAGAGAACACAUUAACAAGGUAAAAGGAUGAAAUACAAGCCCUGCUGUUCCUCUACCUUUCACACAGACUCCCAUGCCCUUAUUUUCAUCUCUUCCUCCCCUUUUCGUGUCGCCCUCUCGUUCUGCUCGUCCCUCCUCUCCUCUGUCUCUGACUGAGCCACCUAUUGUACCAGUCUGCCGUUGCCAUGGCUCCCGGGAACUGUCUGUUACCCACAACGACCUCUCCUCUUUUAUCGGCUCUGAUUUUUGAAGACUGUUCACAGCUUGUCUCCUCUCAAGGACUGUGAGUACUAACACUUACAAAAAUGAACACGUGGUGACCUUCGACGUCACCGUUUUCGUGACAUUAGAGCCCAAAAGGCCAGUUCUCCCAGUGACAGCCAAAAAACAUACAAACAGAGUACAAGAAGCUAGUCAGAGAACCAAGUGUGCAUGGAUUGCAUUUUGUAACAUGCUUCAUUGUUUUCAGUGUCGUAGUUUGGCCUGGAAAUUAGGGCAGUUUUGGAGAUCAGAGGAUGGUCUGAUUGUUUUUUCAUGUACAAAUUUAUUAUCAUUCUUUUAAGCUUUGUGACAAAUUCCUUUUCUCUUGUGAAAUAAAGACAUCU